CUCUGUUUUGGAGCCCCGCCGCAGCCUCGAAGGUCUAAGCCCCACGAGCCUGUCAACCAUCUGGUUUCUCUCUCCUCCACAUCUUCCUUCAAUCCUAACGAACACCACAAUGACCCUUGUCAGCCGUUAUGCUUUACGGACGCUUUGGAGACAGGGCAGGCCGCGGUCUAUGCUCCUCGCGCGUCCACAAAUUCGAGGGAUCAUGAUGGUCGGUCCACAGAUUCUUGGCGAUGAAAAUGAGGAGGACUCUGGCUCUUCCAAAAAAAACGACCCUAAAGAUGACAGACGCGAGAAGUUUUCGCAGGCUGCGUUCAAGGCUUUGGAGACCGCUGCUGUAACGUUUGCUACGCUUACUGUCCUGGGUGUAUCUGGUAUCAUGUACCAUAUAUACUAUCAAAAGCGGGUACUCAAGAAAAUUCGGAUGGCAUUCAACGAAGGUGAUCCCAGUCUCGACAUGGCUUUCCACUCGAAUGAUCCCGAAAGUGCAGACUGGAUUGUGCGGGAUGAGCAAGCCAUCAUUGAUAAGGCUGUCUCGGGCAGGGGACUGGGUCGAUACUAUCUCAUCAUUGGCGAGAAGGGCACAGGGAAGACAUCGAUGCUACUGGAGGCUCUUCGACGAGUAGAGGGCAGAAACUGCGCCAUGUUCGAGGCCCAUUCUGAUCCCGAAAUUGUACGAAUCAGACUCGGCAAAGCUCUGAAUUAUCAGUAUCACGAAGAUUACAUCGGUUCACUUUUCUCUAUAAGGGGUCCCCGCGAUACAACUGCUCUGCUGGACAUUGAGCGAGCUUUUGACAAGCUUGAAGAAGUCGCCCUCGAUGUUGUCAAGGAGAAAGGUCGGCCGCUGGUAUUGAUUGUAAACUCGACACAUCUGCUACGAGAGGAUGACGACGGUGAGAAUCUGGUAGAGCUGCUUCAACAACGUGCUGAGCAAUUUGCUGCUUCCGGCAUCUUGACGAUGAUCUUCAACAGCGACGAUUACUGGGUUUAUGAGCGUUUUAAAAAAUUAAGCACUCGUUUAGAUGUGGUCACGAUCAAAGAUCUCGGCAGGGCCAAGGCAAUCGAGGCACUGCAGCACUGGCGCAGAAAAUACUUUGGAGACUCUGUUCCAGUCUCUGUGUGCAAUAGGAUCUAUGACAUGGUCGGUGGUCGACCCCAGUUUCUGAACCGAGUUGCGCAACAUAGUGAUAUGCUUGCGCACGCGCAGCAACUUGUCGAGACGGAAAAGACUUGGUUCCUUAACCAGUGCGGUCUGCUGGGCGAAGAUAUGGACGAUGACGUGAUGGAGUCUGGAAAAUUUUCAGGCUCAGCUAUGCUUCUUGCCAAAGAACUGGUUGAAAUGGAAAAGAAGCACAUUGAUUCCAAGGGAAAGCCGCUACCAGAUCAGGAUCAUAUUCUUCCCUCUCUACCUCUUUGGCGUGCCCGGCAGGUUAUGACAAGAGCCGAUUAUAUUCAGCGAUAUGACAACCUUAAUAUUUUUACGAUCGACUCAAAAUCACAUGUCCGUGCAGAUUCAGCACCAAUGAUGGAAGCAUUCAGGCAAAUAUGCGCUGAGCCUGGCUUCGACAAUUUAUUAGAGGAAACCCUGGACAGAGUCAGUGCGAUUGAGAGCUUAGGGCGUACUAGAGAACUGGUACUAAAAGACUUGGUCGGCGGUGGUAAAUAUCGGAUCGAGCUUGAAAAGGGAAAUAGUUGGAAGGGAGUUGGGAACAGGAUAUCUAUGGAGGUGGUUCCUCCACCAGAGGAGGAAGACGAUGAUUAGAGUAAGGCUCUCUUGACUCUGUUUCUUUAGGGUUUUAGGGUUUUCACGAGGUUUAUAGCUAGACUAUUGCCAUUGUAAGAUUUGUUCAGUUUGUAUAGUACACUACACUACAGAUUUUUGUCCUUAUUUCAGUAUUACUUGUCAUUUGAUUAUAAUUCGAUUGUUAAAUGUAAAACAUCCUUCU